AUGGCUUCUGACGGCGCAGCUCUGCCCGCGCGCCCACAAUUCAAGCCCGCCAAAUCGCGCGCCUCAAUCGCCCACCUCCCCUCGCUCAACAACACGCCUUCCUCGCUCUCCCUCUCCUCCGAGUCAAAGGAGAACCCCGCUACCAGUGGAGCUAGUGUUGGAGACGCAGGGAAGCGGAAGAAGCGCGCGCAGAGUCUGGGUGGAGACGCCCUCGAAGAGGCCAGGAAGAGGUUGAGGGACGGCAAGGGCGAGACGGGGCUGACGCUCGCUGCUGGACUCGAGUUGAGUCCGGGAAAGAUCGAGCGACGAAAGGCCCAACCCCGCCGCUCAAUCCUCAAACAACGUCCCUCUCUACACUCGUCCGACUCGCACCAAGGAAACCACACCAUCUCCUUCCCCCCUCCCGCGCCUACGACGAACGCCGCACGCGUCACAGCCUGGUCUGAAGCGCACGCGCAAACGACGGACCUUUCGGCGCUGUCUGCUUUCUCCGCCGGCGGGGUGUCGAGGAAGGGAAGGAGAUCGUCGCUUAAGCCUCCUGCGCCGGCAGAGUCGUACGAUAACAGCGAUGCCUCCUCGGACGAGGACGAGGAAGACCCGAACGGCAGUCUCGACAUGGACAUGACGCGGUUCGAGACGACGGCGGCUUACGACACGGACGGGAGGAGGUACAGUGUCAGUCACACGCGGAGGGUCAGCUUUGCGCCUAGUGCGGCUGUCAGGACCUACACGCCCGACAAGCCUACAGCCGACGCUCAAGCACUCGCCGCAGCACGCGAAGCCGCACUCGCCGCCGCUCUCGCCGUCCAACAAACCCCCUCCUCCCCCUCUGCCUCUGUCUCAGACGAGGGAGAAGAACUCGUCGACGAAGGCUACGAAGAGUCCGAGCCGUCGAUGGAAAUCGCCGGAGACGAGCCCACACUCGCUUUCGCGCGCCACUUUGCGGGCACGCAAAUUCCCGUUUCGGUGCUCGAGGAAGGAGAGGACGAGGACGUCGAGGAGCCUCCCACCGGUGCUACGACCGCUGCGAGCGCCCAGCUCCAGUUGUUUGGUACGAGUGCGCCUACUCCCGGACACCCGAAGCCGAGGUUUUCGGAAGUCGCGAGGAGGGAAGACGAGGACGAUGAGGACGUGAUGCGGCAGUUGGGAUUCGCGAGGGGUGGGAAACCCCGGCCUAGCCGAGUUGAAGGAGUUGCGUUUGUGGAGGAGGAUGGAGAGGAAGAGGGGGAGGGGGAGAGCAGUAUGGAGCAGGAGGAUGGGGAGGGGAAGGAAGAUGAGACGGGCGCGAUGGAGAUGACUAUUGCAGUUGGGGGGAUCCUCGGACAGGCCGGCGCCGAUGGACAAGACGACCAGGAGGACGACGACGACUCGAGCUCGGAGAGCGGCGACUCGGAGGCGGAAGUCUCGAUGCAGCUCACUUCGGGCGACCGCACGAUGGACAUGACCUUCGCGACCGACAUUGGAGCGGCGAGCGAGCGCGACGAGGACGACGAGAUGCAGGAUGAAAGUGCGGACAUGCAAGACGAGGAGGACGCGACGACCGCGAUGGUCGAAGCGACGGCCUACGGAUCGAUCCUCCCGCCUCAACCGCCUGCGUCCGCUUCGACCGUCGCCGCUCCUCCCCCGCGCAAGACGCUUUUCGCCCCUCGUCCCUCGAUCGCACGCUCGCCUUCGCCCUUUGCGUCCAUCACGCGCGCCACUUCCGCUCCGCCCGCCUCGCCGCCCAAGUCUCCCUUCCGCCACCGAUCCCCUCCCAAGUCGCCGGGGCGCGCUCUGUCGGUCCCGCUCGGCGAUGCCGCAAUCCGGUCGACGACGCCAACGAAGUCGCCUUUCCGGCAGAGCAUGCGCGAGCGGCGGAUGUUGAGCGUCAGUCCCGGUCCGCCAAGUCGCUCGCCUCGUCGAAUCAUCAGCGCAACCGCCUCGCCUGCUCCUCAGCCUCAUGCGCGCCGCUCCGUCUCGCCCGCCAAGUCGGCUCACCCUCCUCUCUCGUCGCUCGCCGCCAAGUCGAUCCCGCCUCAAUCGCCAGGCAUCACAGGCCGUUCGCGGUCUCGCUCUCGCUCGAGGUCCGCCUCGCCCGUCAAGCAGCAGCAGCAGCCGAACACGCCAGGUCGCGCAGUCUUCCAGCCUCGCACGCUUGCGCCGCCCAUGUCGGCCGGUCGCUCGCCAGGCGGAAGUCUCUCCCUCCGUGCGCUCCUGUCGCAGCCGGCGCAAGCAGCUUCCAACGCGCGAGUCGACGAGCUCCGUGCGGCGGAAGGAGCAGGCGGAGACGACGACCUGAACUUGACCGGCAGUUCGUACGACGCUUCGUUCUCUUCCUCCGCUGCGACAGCCGAAGAGGCCGCCGCCCGUCUGCCCGACUCACUCGACGCCUUCCUCGUCGCUACCGGCACCCACUUCGCCGAUGACGAGUUCUUCGAGGUGGUCAACUCGGAAUCGACGGCUGCCAAGCGGAGGAAGAGUAUGGCUGCGACGGCGCGGGCAGGCGAGGAGGACGAGGACGACGAGACGAAGCAGAUGGGUGGAGCAAAGGCGGUCGAACCAACGUUUGCGGAUAUGACGGUCGCUGCGGCGGUCAAGAGCCUGUUCCACCAGCUCUACAAGUCGGAGCAAGGGGGCCUCCUCGAGGGGAUCAACCAGGCGCGCCAGAUGCUCGAAGACUCGGAGCAGCGUCUUCGUUCCGGCGUCGUGCCGCAGGUCUUCAAGGACUGGGCGAACGCGACUGACGAGGCCAAGGCAAUCAUGAAAACCCAGUUCGGCCAGAUCAAGCUCAACUACCUCCUCUCGAACAAGCUCGAAUGGAAGACCCGCCGCAUCCAGAACUACGACCAGGUCGUCGACAUCAUGGCGCAGAACCUGCAGUUCAUCCAGCAGGACCGCGCCGUCCUCGCCGAGGUCCAGACGCAGUUUGAGGGCGUCAUCCCCUCGCUCGAGGCGCGCCACGCCGCUCUCCUCGCAGACUUGACGGCCGAGCGCUCGCUCGACGCUGAGCUCUCGUCGAUGUCGCCCGAGGACGUCGAGAUGCGCGAGAACAUGCUCGCCGAUUCGGAGGAGCAGGAGGAGCAGCUCAACGGCAACCCCGACAAGGGCAUCCCCGGUCGACGACCUGAACUCGACCGCAUUGAGCAGCACCUCCGCAGCUAUCGCGAGACAUUCGAGAAGUACUCGACCGAGGAGCAGCGAUUGCAGGCCGAGAUCGCCGACCUUGAGGAACGGCGGCGCGACAAGCGCACCAAGACGGACCUCGUCCGCCUGCAAGCCGAAUCCGAGGCGCUGCAGCACCUCCAAGGAUGGCGUCUCGAGCAGUUCAGCACGCAGCACCUCGCCCUGCGCCAUUGCGACGAGUUCCUCGUUGGCUUUGAGCUCAUUCCCGGCACUCUCGACGUCGUCGCCGCGAUCUUCGAGCCGCUCCAACUGCCUCGCAAGGCUCAGUCGGCACUCGGCGCCCAGGUCACGGCUUUCUUGCUCAGCAAGGUGAAUGACGAGGUGCAGCGAGUCCUGGCGGACGGGCGCGAACCGAAAGAUGCGAGGGCCCUGUUGCGCUACAUCGCCUCGCGCGCAUGCAUUAUCCGCCACAUUCGCUACGAAGUUACCCUCGCCUCGCUCCGCUACCCAACCUCGUUCCGCCUCGUCUCGCACAACGGCUCGCAGGACGACGCAGUUCUGGAGAUCGACAUUGACGUCUUCUGCGCCCAGUCUCGGCAGGCGUUCGACGUGGUCGUUCCCUUGACGGCUGCCGAGGUCCUCGAGGCAAAGGCGCCGGAGGACUGGGCCAAGGGCAUCAGCGCGAGUGUCAGGGCGCGCUUCGGCACGGACAUCAACGCGCUCGCUCUCGCGCAGACCGUCAAUGAGCGGCUCGAAGGAGGCGACGGGCGAGGUGCGCUCGUCGAGGCGGUCGUCCUCGCCGAGGAGGAGUGCGACCAGGUCGCUGCGUGA